AUGGCUGAUAACGAUGUUUCAGAAAUGUCUAAAGAAAACCUCCCCCCUUACGCCUUCAAACUGCAUUUGGUAGAUACGAGAACUUCAUUAGUAAAAGCAUGGGACAAAGAAAUCUCCAAGAUUCCUUCAGUCAAUUUAACUGAUCCGACUCAAGGCUUUAAAGUUGAAACACAUAACACAACAUUUCAGGAUUUCUUUACGAAGGGUGUCUUCCAAUGUGUAGUGUCGCCCGCAAACAGUUUUGGCCUUAUGGAUGGUGGAUUAGAUUACUAUAUCUCCGAAUAUUAUGGCGGGUUUGAGGCACUAGUUCCAAUAGUCCAGAAAGAAAUACAGGAUAAAUGGUGUGGUGAACAAAAUGUUGGUACUUGUUUGAUAGUAGAUGUGAAUGAAUUGUCGUCCAGCAUUAAGAAGUAUAAACAUUUGAAUGCACCGAGAUACAUUGCCCACUGUCCAACAAUGAGAACACCUAAAUCAUUGGACCAGAGUGAUGAUAUUGUUUAUAGAUGUACUUGGGCAAUGUUAACAGCUGUGAGGUACCAUAAUGCUAUUGUCAAGUCUGAAGGUAAAAAUUCCAAACACCAAAGAAUUGAUGAGAUUGUGUGUGCCGGAUUUGGCACCGGAGUUGGUGGAUUCUCGGAAGAUAGAUGUGCCGCUCAGAUGGCAUUGGCAAUAAAAAACUUUACUGCUGCUCCUGCCAAUAGUAACCAAAAAGUUACUCGUACUGAGGGAAUAGGAAAUGGCAGUUUAAGUUGGGGAAGUGGGUUGUUGAUACAUUGGAGUUAUGCUCGUAAGAUAGAGAGAGCGGUUCAGACUUUAUUUCAUACAGAUGCUGAAUGA